CAUGUUUGGCUGUAACAAUGUUAUUGCUCAUAUGUACCAGCUAGCUAGCUAUAGUCACAGAUAUCACACUCAGGUUUAUAUACAGUUUUUAACAGUUCUUAUCAGAUUUGAGGUUUGAGCCACCAUGUCAGGUAACCAGGGACAACCAAAGAGAGUCAGGAAAAAGGGCAGAAAGCAAUACAGUAUAUCACUUGGUGAAAAUCAUGAAGCUAUGGAAACCAAUACUCUUUUCCGGGAAUUUGAAGAGAGGGCCAAGAAACUCAAUAUCAAAAAGUCACGACCGCAGUUAGUGAAAUACAUGGUAGAAGCAGCACUUGCGAGAUUAGAACAGGAGCUCAAUCAGCAUAACAUGCCUACAGCUUCCCCUGCACACCCGUAAGAAUUCAGCCAUGUUAUAUACAGCUCUAGUAAGUUGGUGAGCAGGUACAGUUUAUGACAAGACAAAGAUAACCGGUGAGUGUAUUGUGUCUGUAUCAUGUGAUCGUAUACUCAGGUCGGUCGGAUCAGACCUAUGAUCCCCGUUGUUCUCGUGGCUCUUCUGUCUGAUCGGACUGUUCUGAGUAUACUCUCCACUUGAUACCAGACACCUUCUAGUUGUGUAGCUUACUUUUCCAGCACUGCUCUGCCUAACACCAGUGCCGUUGCGACACGUCUCAGCUGCAACUUUUCCUGUCAGUGUAUAUCGGGGUUAAGUGGGGUGAGUGUCGAUCAACUUACUGCCGACUAGUGAAUACUGUCGUCAGAAGAUUCGUUCUGCUGGAGAUUGAUCAGUGUGUGGGUCCAAUCUCUAUCAUGUAGAGAGGGCAAGAUGAUUUGUGCCUCUCUAUGAGAUUUUGAUUGUAUUCAUGCCCUGGUUUCUCACCUCAGGCUAUUGUUCUGGCUAUUCAUAUCACCUGCAGCUAGUUAGUUUCACAUCACUCCCCACUUUUCCCUGGCCUACGAUGUCAAGGUCUGUUGCUUCUGAUUUGUGUCGUUUUGGAACUCGUGUUACGUAGAGCAGAACUGAAAAAGUUAGAUGUCACAAGUAGAUGUCACACGAAUCACCGGAUCACCGGAUCAUGCACUGCUGAUGGAGGAAUUCCUGGAUGGACUGGUUAUACUUUUAUAAUGUUGUACGAAGCUCUUGCUUGUUGACUUGACAUUACUGUGUUUGUUUUCUUACCCAUAGGGUUUCCGUGAAUGUCCAAUGUCAACCACCUGUUUCUGAAUUGGAUCCAGUGAUGGGAAACCCAAUUUUUAAUGACAGAAACCAGUGUUUUUUACCACCAACAACACCACUCGACAACGAUAGUAUGAGCCUGAAGCGUUAUUAUAAAGGAGAUGAUGAUAAUAUCCAAGUGUUUCACCAACAAUCGGACAUGUCUACGAUGAUGAGCUUGGUUUCCGUGAAUGUCCAAUGUCAACCACCUGUUUUUGAAUUGGAUCCAGUGAUGGGAAACCCAAUUUUUAAUGACAAUAACCAGUGUUUUUUACCACCAACAACACCACUCGACAACGAUAGUAUGAGCCUGAAGCAUUAUAUUAAUCCAUGUAAAGAAGAUGAUGUGUUUCACCAACAAUCGGACAUGUCUACGAUGAUGAGCUUGGAGGACUACUUUGCAUUCGAAAAGCCUGUCGUGGUAUUAUGAGCACAGACUGUUUUUAUGAUUAUUGUUUAGUUGAUUUUUGUGCAUAAUUAUUUGUGUGGGCUUACAAACUAAGUCACUGUUCAUUGUUGAGUUGCGGGGUAAACAUUGUGUAUUAUUGUACAUAGUACCCCGUAGAUGUUUUUGUACCCACGCUUCUGUUAAUUGUCCUUUGAACUUUUGGGUGUGUUGCAAAUUUUUACAAAGACAAAUUGUUUCGUGGCUAGAUCUAGCAGCGUGUAUACAGAAAAUGAGCCACGUUGAUGUACUCCGAGUGUUGGGAGGGGAUGGUCGUGAGUUGCGGUUAACCGGCCAUGUUGGAUUUGACAGUCUCCCUGACCAACUGGUCAACAAGUGUGUCAAUAAAGGCUUUGACUUCAACAUCUUGUGCAUAGGUGAAACUGGUUGUGGCAAAUCUACACUGAUAGACUCUCUUUUCAAAACGACUUUUAACGAUCAAGAAGUUAUGCAUAAGCUGCCAGAAGUAUCGCUGAAUCAAGAAACCUACCAGCUGAAGGAGAGCAAUGUGAACCUCCGCCUGACAGUUGUGAGCACGGCUGGCUAUGGAGAUCAGAUCAACAAAGAGAAUAGCUGCAACGCCAUCAUUCAGUACAUUGACCAGCAGUUUGCCAACUUCCUCGAAGAGGAACUCAAGAUCAAACGGGAUCUUAGGAGCUUUCAUGACACACGUAUUCAUGCCUGCAUCUACUUUGUCUCACCAACAGGCCACUCUAUCAAAUCUCUCGACCUGGUGUGCAUGAAGGAGCUAGACAAAAGGGUGAACAUUAUCCCUGUCAUUGCUAAAGCUGACACAGUCUCUAGAGCUGAGCUCUCCCAGUUCAAGGCUAGGAUCAUAGAGGAGCUUCAGAGCAAUGGGAUAGGGAUUUACCAGUUCCCCACCGACGAUGACACAGUGUCUGAUCUCAACACAAAGAUGAACGAACAGGUGCCCUUUGCUGUGGUGGGCAGUCGAGACGAGGUGGUCGUGAAUGGCCACAAGGUCAGGGCCAGGCAGUACCCAUGGGGAACAGUCGAAGUUGAAAAUGAAGCCCACUGUGAUUUUGUCAAGCUCAGGGAGAUGGUUCUUCGAACCAACAUGGAAGAUCUGCGAGAGAAGACGCACACUCAGCACUAUGAGAGGUUCAGAUCUGAGCGACUAGUUCAGAUGGGGUUUGCUGACAUGGGAGCAGACAACGAGCCUGUUAGCCUACAAGAGACGUAUGAAGCCAAGCGUGUGGAGCACAUACGUGAGAUGCAGAGCAAAGAAGAGAGGAUGAGGCAAAUGUUUGUGCAGAAGGUGAAAGACAAGGAGGCUGAGCUCAAGUCAUCCGAGCAGAAGCUCCAUAAUGAGUUUGAGAGGCUUCGCAGGCAAAACGCUGAAGAAAAGAGACAGUUGGAUGAUAAAAAGAGGCAACUGGAGGAGGAGAUUAGCUUGUUUAACAAGAAGAAGGCGGCAGUGCAGGCUCAGCGUGCCCAAACUGAGAGGGAGCAGCUUGCCAAGAAACAGGGUAGGCGGUAAAAAUCAAUGAACGCUGACACUGCUACAAAUACACUAGAUAGUAGAUUUUUUUUUAAUGUACAUUAUACCAAAAGAGAUUAGCUCUGAUUGAUCAUGAUUUGGCUAGACAUACCUGAGCUGCUUUAACGAACAUGUUUUGUAGUUUAUUGUAAUAAUUAUCUUUAAAAUCUGCAUUAUUAUAUACGACUCUUUUACGUUUUGUGGCAUUAAUAUAUUAAUUUUAAUAACAAA